AUGUCUUCUCACAAGACUUUCAGAAUCAAGAGAUUCCUGGCUAAGAAACAAAAGCAAAAUCGUCCUAUUCCUCAGUGGAUUUGGAUGAAAACUGGCAACAAAAUCAUGUACAACUCCAAGAGAAGACACUGGAGGAGAAUGAAGCUGGGUCUGUAA